CAGUGUGAGAAUGUAAACAUGGCGGCUAUGGGACAGAGGAAACCACAAGGAGUAGUGUUUGGUGUUUCUCUGAGUGUGGAUCCUGUUUAUCAGUAGUUGUUGUAUUUAUUCGUUUGGAUAAAUUAAAUAUUGCUUCAUUAUGUCUGGAAAACGGAACCUUCCAGCCUGGAUGCUCACAUCUGAUACAAUAGGCAGAGAAAAACAGAUUCUCAGAGAAGGUGUAAAAAGGAAACUGGAAAUAAACACCAACAAAUGUGGACGCAAAAAGUGCACCAAAAGAAUGAUGUACUGGAUGAAUGAACAGGAGCUUGUGGAAGCAGCACUCAGUGUUUUAAAGAGAGAUCAUACACAGAUGGCUGCAGCAGAGAGACGUAUUCCGCUGAACCCUGAAUUGACCGUGAUUCCAGAGACUGAUCCUGAAGAGACGACAGACUCCGAAAUUUCGGAGGCCGAUGUGGAUAUUGCCGAGCAAGAAACAUUGCAAUACAGCAAGUGUUUAGAGGAGCGACGGUGCAGCAGUGGUGAGCAGUGUGCAGCUUCGUCAGUGGUUUUAGAGAACGAGUCUGCAGAGGAGAAGUCAUGGAGCGAUUCUGAUCAUGAAGCGCUGCAGGUGCUGCAAGAGAUCUUUUUCAGCUGAUGCAGAAACAUGAGUGCUGAGCUGAGAAACAUUCAAGGACAACUCCAGACUAAUGACCUGCGGGCGGUAAAAUUCUCAUGUGUCCGCGGGGUGCGGGGGAAUAAAAUCAUUCGUGGGACUUCCACAAAAUGGUCUUAAAAAUGUAAAUAAAUUACUAAAAACAAAUAAACGGUUAUGUAUCUACUGCACAGUGGCAUCAAUAGCAACUAAGAAAGAAAAAAAAAAGAAGACAGGAGACUCACUCAGUGCUACAUAUUUUACUUCAUUAUUAUUAUUAUUAUUAUAUUAUUAUUUCUUCAUUAAGGAACAUACAACACAACAAAACCAUGGGCUGCUUUUAUAAGAGAUAAAUCAGUUGAUGUUCUGAAAGGUUCCUUGUUCAUGCCUUUUUCAUCAUAUACACAAAAAGUCAAACUUGAAUAAAACGAAACAUAUUUGUAAA